AUGAAAAAUUCAUUAACAGAAAAUUAUAUCAUAAUAACAGAUAAGUUAAAAAAUGAUAAAUUUAUUGAAAAAAAAAUAAAAUUAAAAUGUAGAAAUUUAAAUAUAAAUGAAAAUAUAGAUGAUGAUAUAAUAGAUAAUUUCUGUAAUGUUUUAAAAAAGAAUAAAACAUUUAUUGGUAUAUUAGAUAUAUCUUAUAACAACUUAAAUGAAAUUAAUUUGUUUAAAGUUAUUUGCAGCGUUUAUGAAAAUAAAAAUAUAACAGGCUUAAAUAUAAAAUAUAAUAAGGUAACAAAAAUGAUAUUUAAUAAACUUUUAUUAAUUAUUGAAAAUAAUAAUUUAGAAUAUUUAAACAUACAAAAUAUUGAAUUAACUAAUCAGGAGAUUAAAAAUAUAAUUUUCUAUACUUUAAAUAAAAACAUUAAAUAUUUGAAAUUACCUUAUCUAAAUCAAGAAGCAUUUCAAUAUCUUAUUGAAUCCUUAAAAAAAAACGAUUCUCUCACAAAAUUACAUUUUUUUGUUGGCAUAAAUAAUCAAAAUAAUUCGAAUAAUAUACAUAAUGAAAAUAUCAUUAAUAAUUAUCAAAAUACUAUUGAUAAUUUAAAAAAUUUAUUUAAAGAAUUUCUUGAUGUAAUAGUAAACAAAAUCAAUAUAACAAAUAUAGAAUGUAAAAUCAAUUUUCAAGAUGAAGAAUUAGAAGAAAUGAAAAGUUUUAUUCAUUCUGUUUGUGAAAAACGUAAAAAUCUUAAAACAAAUAAAAGAUUUAAUGAACAGGAAUUGAAAAUAAAUUCUUUAGAAAUUAUGAAGUCUCUAAUACCUGAAAUUACAGGGAAAAAUAAACAUAUAGAAAAAUUUGAAAAAGAAGAACAUAUUAUUUUUGAAGAAAAUGUAAUUAACGUUCUUCAAAAGUUGUUACCAUAA